AUGUGGUGUUCAGUGCCUUUACGUACCUAUCCAGAUGAGCCAGAGGAUGGAGGAGGAGGCAACACCACAUGGCCUUGGGAUGGCUUCCCCUGGAACCCACCUCACCAGGAUCAAAACGCUACAUUGCAGCCCUCUUCGCUUAUCGCAGCAGCAAUAACAGCUACUGCAGGAGGUGUAGCAGCAGGAUUCGAUGGUGGCGCACUAUCAGCAAACCUAUCAAACCUAUCAGCCAAUCUCACCAACAUGCUUCCAACGACGCCUCCACAACCGGCAAUCUUUAACAUCUAUUCACUCAACUGGUGGCCCAAGGCCCUCGGUGGUCUCACAUCCUACUUCAUUUUCUGGCUCUCAACACAACUCAUGGGGAUCUUGGUCUAUUACUUUACUGGACUAGAAAGCUAUCGUCUUACCUGGGUCUUCCUCACUUUCUGCACCAUGACUAUGCCACUCCUUAUUGCGUUCCUAGUCAUCCGUUCUGAAAACCGAAAUGUAUAUCGACAUUCGCUCACAAUGGCUCAAAAGACAUUUCUCUCAGCUUCGUCGAUCGAAUCUCGGAUUCCAGCUUCUUAUAUCCGCUUCCUAUGGUUUUGUGUCGCCCUCGCUAUUGCGCUCAGCACCAUUGUCACAGGAGAGAUGUAUGCAGAUCAGUUUCAGGCACCACGGACGACUCCGCAUACGACAAUUGAGGACUGGUGUAUGUGUAUUCGUGGGACGUAUGAGGAGUACAAACGACAGGUCGGACGUGGAUUGUUCUUGAGAAACUUGGCAGAGAAUGUGACAAUGUUGGCGUUCUUGUUAUGGAAGGUGGAUGGGACACCAUGUCACAAAGGAGGCCCUCAAGAUUUCAAAGAAUACCCUGAGCUGAUUGUUGUCUUCAUCUUGGUCAUGAUUCAUAUCCUACAGGACAUGUUGCUCUCUUUACUGGAUCUCAACUUUGCAUAG